GAGGAUUGAAGAUUAAAAGUGACUGCUUAUCGCUAACGUUAUCAGUUUUGUUCGUGGAAACCCAUACAUUUGUGAAUACAAGUAGAAUUUCCACAUUUUGUUUAUGCAUGUGAGUUUCGUCUGAUCAUAUGCUGAAUGUUCUCUUUCUGCAUCAGUGUCUACCUACAAACUGUCUUCAACCACACCUUCCAUUAUUAUUGAUAUCAGAUACAUAAAACGAUCAUGGGGACUUGGUUCCCUGAGAGCACGCAUGAAAUAUUGAAAAAAGCGCUGAAAGAAUUCGAUAAGACAGAAGAACAUCUGAAAGAUGACAUCAAUGUAAUCAAAGACUGGUUAAAGACUCAACCACAUCUACCCGAGAUAAGUAGUGAUAAUCACAUAACGAAUGUAUUACUUACCAAUAAAUUCAGCAUAGAGAACACAAAACAGAAACUUGAUAUGUACUACACCAUUAGACAUCUGGUGCCAGAAAUAUUCGGAAUAGCCAAUGAUAUUCAACAGAUGCAAGCUAUUGCUGAUGAAGUGUAUAUGUUUCCACUGCCCAAGCGAACAGAUGAUGGAGUGAGUAUAGAAAUAGUACAAAUCGUUGACCAACAUACCGAAAAAUUCGAUAUCUAUAGACUGAUGGCAUACAGCACAAAUAAUAGUGAAAUAAGAUUGCAAGAGGAUAUUAUUACUACCGAAAUAGUCAUAAUCGAUCUCCAAAAUGUGCGAUUAGGACAUGUAGUUAAAGUUACGCCAGUUCAUCUGAAGAAGGUUAUCCUGCUUAUUCAGAAAGUGUAUAACAAGAGGAUAAAGCAAUUCCACUUUGUCAACUGUCACUCCUACUGUAACACAUCGCUGAAUAUCCUCAAACAACUUUUGAAGCCAAAACUAGCAGCAAGGAUAUUCGUUCAUGAAGACAGCACGCAUCUCGGAAAGGUGAUUCCAAAACACAUUCUACCUGUCGAUUUUGGAGGAGAUGAAGUGUCGCUGCGAGAAUUGCAUGAAUUAUGGAAAAAGAAGACAGCCGAACAUACAAACAGAUUUCUAGCCCUAUCCAAAAUGAAGACAGAUGAAAGUUUGAGGCCGAAACCAUUAGUGAAUGAUGAUGUUCUUGGUUACCAUGGCAAUUUCAGGAAAUUAGAUAUGGAUUGAAUGUUGAGUUAUUGAUCAAAUUGGUUUGGGAAUAUAAAAAGGCAGAAUCUUCAUCAAAUAAUAAAAUUGUUUCAAUAUUAAACUGUUACUGUCAUACCCACUUCACUCAACAUGAAAUAAUGAAUGAAACAUAAAUAUAUAUCAUAUCCAUUUUUAUACUUCGUGUGAUAUUCCCGAUAUGGCAGAUACAUAGCGACAAU